AUGGACCCCUGCGACACACUACCUACUGAUGCGCUACCAUCCACGGUACCUGUGUCAGUGGGAAACAAUGAGCACUCCAAAUCUGAGCUUGGAUUAUCUGAGCUUUUGAACAAGGCGAUCAGUGACUGCACUUUCAGGUUCGACGAGGGUCCUUUGGACUUGUUUGCAGAACUCGAGGCAAUUAUUGCUUCAGGAGAAAUACUGUUCUCAAUGCCGCUUGCCCCAAUCAACAAUGAGCAAGAACUUUUGGAUGACAGCACACCUGAUUUCGGGAUAGAGCUCCCUGGUGAAAAAAACUUCAAGGACACUGUUUUGCUGGACAAUCCAGCGUAUCCCUGGCCAUCAAAAGCACACUUUGUGACCUCUCUCCUUUUUAGCUCUCCACGUCUCCCAUUUUCUGAUGCCCAGAAGAGGGCAGUCCUCAGUUGGGCGCGACAGCUUGGUGCUCAGGAUGUCCCCUCACUUGGCGCCAUCAAGAAGUCCCAUAAGUACUUGGAUAAUCUUGUUGGCGAUCCGACAGAGAAGGUGAUGGCUCGUUCUGGGAAUAUAUUUUACAUCAACAAUGUUGUGAAAUUGAUUGCAAAGGACUAUGCAAAUCUGCUGACUCGUUUUGCAAUGCAAGACUAUCCGGAAGAUAGCGGGGAGGGAAUGUCGCAAGUAUUCAAUGGCAAGAAGAUGUUGCUUGAUCUGCCCUCACCACCUGUGGCUCGUGUCGAUGGAAUGAUCUAUUUCACAGGUGAACUAUUACAGGAUGACUCUGGAGGGUAUUUGAUACCGGAGCACUUUUUUGAUGCCUCGCUGCCUGCAGAUUCGAGUGACAGUGCCUCUGACCCAUGCGAGCAGUCAGAUGGUCAGGCCUUAUAUGCUCUUGGUCGGGCGGCUGGAUUCAUUGUUAAUGAGCAAUGCGAGAUCAUUCCGACGUCCAUGUUCAUGCGAUCAUUUGAAGAGAUCGCUGCAACUCCAGGCGAGCUUGAUUGUGGCCUUACACGUGCAUUGAUUUGA